AACAGAGGUGUGUUGGAGGUGCGCAUGCGCAGACCAGUGUGUGCGUCUGACCACAGAGCUGUAGACCAGUAGAUGUAAGAACUCCUCAGAGCGCUUCGUCCUCAUCAUCAUAAUCAUCAUGUAUAAGUCUGAUCUUCCUCCGAGUUAUGAAGAGUCCCAUCAUCAUCAGCAGGAGUAUAAGCCACAGGGGGGGGGUUAUUUUUCCCCACCUCACAUUUUUCACACUCCAGUAAGUCAUGGAGCUGUCGGCGUACCGACAUCUGGAAUCCCACCGGUUAUUCCCAUCCACAUGUCCCCAGGAAUACCUCCCACCAACCCAGACAACAUGGAGGCCUUUGACGUAGGUGCAUUGUGGGACAAUAAAAGUAUCAGACAUGCAUUCAUCAGAAAGGUUUAUCUAAUAUUAGCAUCCCAGCUGUUAUUCACAACCUCCAUCAUAGCCGUGUUCACGUUUGUAGAUCCGGUGCGUCUUUUCGUCACCAAGAAUCCUGCGAUUUAUUUCGUGUCACUAGCUGUUUUUUUUGUCAUAUACCUUGUGUUGGUGUGCUGUGAAAAUGCCAGGAGACGAUUUCCUCUGAAUUUGGUCCUUCUGUUUAUUUUCACUCUCGCCAUGUCCUACAUGACAGGAACAAUAUCAAGUUAUUACGAUACAAAGACUGUGUUCUUGGCUAUGGGAAUAACGGCGCUGGUCUGUGUCGCAGUCACAGUCUUCAGUUUCCAGACCAAGGUGGAUUUCACCUCAUGCACUGGUUUGUUCUGCGUUCUGAGCAUUGUGCUUCUUAUCACCGGCAUCAUCACAGCCAUCGUUCUCUCCUUUCAGUAUAUUCGGUGGCUGCACAUGCUGUACUCUGCUCUCGGGGCAAUCUUUUUCACACUGUUCCUGGCGUAUGACACUCAGCUGCUGUUGGGGAACCGAUCUCUUAGCCUGAGUCCAGAGGAGUACAUAUUCGGAGCUCUGUCUCUCUACACCGACAUCAUCCAGAUCUUCCUUUUCCUGCUGCAGAUCACUGGCAGAAUCUCAGAUUGAACACACACACACACAUACACACACAUACACACACACACACACACACACACAUUCCUCCAUUUUUCUUUUAUUCUUUCCUUAUUCUUUCUUUAUCUUUCAUUCCAUUUUCAUAUUUUUCCCCUUUUUCUUCCCCCUUUGUUUCACUCUUAACCCUGUAAAGCCUGACAUAUGAAAUAAUUGACAGAAAAUUCUAUUUCCUGCUACCUUAAGUGUUUACUGGGUCUUUAAACAAAAUACAAGAAAAAAUGUUUUAUUACUAUUUACAAAUGUGCUUUUUUUUUAAGAUCAGACAUUUUACUGACCACAACCAUGUUUAUUUCCUAAUAAAAAACAGACUGAUUAUUGCAUUUGGAAUGUUUGUUCUUAAACAUUUAU